CUAUCAUCUCUGCAAUGGCAAUGGCGUCUUAUUCCGUCUUGCUAAUAACCGCUUUCUUUCUCUUCCCUAUAGCCUUUGCUGCAACCUCCGGCAUCUUUCCGGCCUUCAAAAGCAUCUACCAAUUCGGAAACUCCCUCUCCGAUACCGGAAACUUACUCCGAUGGGGCACUAUGUUUUACCCCGCCGACAAACUCCCAUACGGCGAGACCUACUUCCGUAAAGCCACCGGUAGAUUCUCCGACGGCCGCCUCAUCGUCGACUUCAUCGCCGCCGCCGCUAACCUCCCGUACCUCGACGCGUACCUGAACAAAAACGGUUCGUUCGCUCACGGCGUUAAUUUCGCCGUCGCCGGAGCAACGGCGAACGAGAGGGAGUUUUUCGACAAAAGAAACAUUUCGUACGAUGAAUUCAAACCGGCGAUUCUCGAGCAAUUGGAGUGGUUCGAGAAGUAUAUUAACUCAACGUGCCGCAAAGAUUGCGCCGAGAAAUUCGGGAAUUCGUUAUUCAUCUUCGGGGAAUAUGGCGGGAACGACUACUUUCCCGCGUUCCAGCAAGGCAAGUCGAUGCGUGAGGUCAUGUCUUACGUCCCUCACACCGUGGCCGCUAUUAUUCACGGCGUUAAACGGGUCAUCCAGCACGGAGCCAAACGGAUCCUGGUUCCGGGUCCCUACCCGUUCGGGUGCUUGCCGUCGCAACUGACAAACUCCGGCACCGGCAACGACACCGAUUACGACCAAUUCGGUUGCCUGAAAAAGUACAACGACUUCGCCGCCUACCACAACCGCUUCUUACAAGUCGCUCUGUCUAAACUCAACCGCCAAUACGCCAGCAAAGGCGUCGUUAUCGUCUACGGCGAUUUCUACGGCGGUUUUAUGAACAUUUUCCACAACGCAAAUGAGCUCGGAUUUAACCACGAGAGCGGGUCGUUGGUGAAAGCUUGCUGUGGAGGGGGAGGGACUUAUAAUUUUAAUAAGGAGAAGCCUUGUGGAAAGGAGGGGUCUUCGGUGUGCACCAAUCCCAAGGCCGCCGUGCACUGGGACGGCGUUCAUCUCACCGACGCAUCUCACCGCCAUAUUUCCCAGUACGUCAUUAAUCAAGUGGCUAGCAAGCUCGCCCUUUAGUCAUUCAUUAUCGGAAUUGAAAACCCUAGUUAUAUGCAGUUACUUAUAAUGUCAAUAACUGGCCAGAAUCAGGUAGAGGUUGCGAGUUUCUCGAGUCACUUAAAAAUAACUGGCCGGGAUGAAAAGCGUCAACUAGUAGUACUAGUUUCUAAAAUAGGGUUUCUUCCGGUAUUAUUAUUUUGCAAUAUUUGUAUUUCAGUUAUGGAUGAGGUUUUUUAGGGUUUGAAGUUGGAAUGAUGUCUUGUUAUGCUGUCGAUGUACUAAGUUGCAUGUGUGAUGUUUUAUUAAUUAAUCUACUAGUGCCUUUGUGUUUGUUUUA